CCGGCGGCCUUGCCCUUCUCCCUUCGACCUCUUUGACCCGGCCCGGAAACUCGAACCAGCCUCACUACCGGAGGACGGAUCCACAAUCUCUGGUUGAGGAUCAAACCUCGGGAAACCAAAUCUCAUGGUUUCAGCGUCAAAUAUGGUCUGUCGCAGUUCUACUAGCCACCAGUACGGUAGAUUGUAAACCAAUUGUAUACAUUAGAACCAUUGUUUACAAUUUGAUCCAUUGCUUACAUUAGAACCUCCAUUGUUUACAGUCUCAGCAGUACAUUAGCAUGAUCGUUAUAGCUGUCAUAGUCACAAUUGCAGUUCAGAUUAGUAGUGGGCUAAAAGAACCGGUUUUAAACACAAAAGGAAAGCUGUACCAGGGGAGACUAGGAGAUUCAAUCAAACUAGAGUGUUCUGUUAGUUUUCUUGGGAGAAAUGUUUUAUUAUGGAAACAAGGGCCCAGGGUGUUAACAGCUGGAGGAAUGAAGGUCCGAAGGGAUCCUAGACUAGAGCUGAAAGGAACUGAUCUUGUAAUAAAGAAUCUUGAGCUUGAGGACAGGGGAGAGUAUGAUUGUGAGGUUGAAAGUGAUAGAGAGGUUCCAGUCUCUAUCCGUCAUAGCCUUGAUAUACUUCAUCCUCCAACAGCUUUUCCAGAACCCAAUUCAGGAGGACUGAUUGUAAAAGAGGGUACGUUGGUGACCCUAAAAUGUGGAGUAACUGGUAACCCUAUACCAACUGUAACUUGGAUAAAGGACGGGGAGCUGCUGCAGGAGGGACAAAGUAUCACUGUGUACAAUAUAAACCGGUUCCAUGCUGGAGAGUACAAGUGUACAGCUGAUAAUGGUAUAGGAGAACCAGACAGUGCAAUAAUAAAUAUGGAUGUACUCUAUCCACCUGUAGUAGAAUCAGAAUAUCCCAGGGUACUUGGAGGAGUUGGCAGAAAGGUUGAGCUCUCAUGUAAAGUUCUUGCUCAACCAGAACCAGAGAUCAAAUGGUUUAAGAACACGAACCAGGAGAUUAAACCUGAACCAGGGGUCAGGAGUUUCAGGAGUAAUCAAACCCAUCAUGUUCUAACGUUUCAUCAUAUGCAUGAAAUAGACUUUGGAGAUUACUUGUGUGAAGCAGCAAACAGUCUUGGAUCAGGCAAAACACAUAUACAUAUAUCAGGUAUACCAGAGCAGCCCAAGUUUGGCUCCAAGGUGGAGAGGAUAGAUGAAGGAGCAUACUCUGUAUCCUGGAGGGUUCAAACAUACAGACCUAUCUCAGAACAUACUCUAUAUAUCAAACAUGUUCAGAAGAAUUUUGAAAGUGAGUGGAAACCGCUACGAAUACAAACUUCACACAAGAAUUCAGAGGAAUUUUAUACCUUCACACUAACUAACCUCAUAGAAGAUGAAAUGUACCAGAUUGAAGUAGAAUCCACGAAUAUUUUUGGAACAAGUCAACGCAGCGAACCCUUUACAUUGUAUACCCACAGUGCAGAAUUUUACUCGACGCAGAAACCACAAAGUUAUUUCUCCUUCUUCCAAACAAGCUCUGCGGUUCAAGAACACACAACAAUAUUUAAUCUUUUUUGUACAUUGGUUUUAGUGAUUUUAUUCAAGUAAAAUAGGAAUAAAAUAUUUAAACAGUUA